GACCCAAAUCUGGUUAAUUUAAAUGAAGACCCACUCAUGUCUGAAUGUCUUCUGUAUUACAUAAAGGAAGGAACAACCAGGGUUGGUCUACAAGGUGCAGAGAAUCAAAAUGAUGUACAGCUGAGUGGUUCCAACAUCCUGGAGGAGCACUGUCGCUUUGAAUGCCAAGAUGGGGUAGUCACUCUGGUUCCUUGUGAUGGUGCUCUCUGUUAUGUGAAUGGUCGACAAGUGACUGAGCCGGUGAUCAUGAAGACUGGUGCUCGUCUCAUCCUAGGGAAGCACCACGUGUUCCGGUUUAAUCAUCCACAGCAAGCUCGUGCCAGCCGAGCUAUCAUGAGUGAAUCGCUCAUGAUGGAAUCUACCGAUAAUCCCAUCACUGAACCUGUGGACUGGACUUUUGCCCAACUGGAGUUGUUAGAAAAACAAGGCAUCGACCUGAGAAAGGAAAUGGAAAGUCGUUUGAUGUUGCUGGAGGAGCAGUACCGCAAGGAGAAGGAAGAGGCAGACUUGCUGUUUGAGCAGCAGAGACAAGAUUAUGAGAAUCGAAUCCAGUGCCUCCAGGAACAGGUGGAACGCCACUCCAUGAUAUCAAGCAUUGCUACCACUGGCAUUUUUGAGGAGGAGGAGGAAGAGGAAGAAGUUCAGUGGGCAGAGCGAGAGAAAGAGCUUGCAGCUUGGGCUUUCAGGAAGUGGAAAUACCAUCAGUUUACUUCUCUCAGGGAUGACCUGUGGGGGAAUGUUGUCUUUUUGAAGGAGGCCAAUGCUAUCAGUGUGGAGCUGAACAAGAAGGUGCAGUUCCAGUUUGUCCUGCUGACAGACACUCUGUAUUCUCCACUGCCACCAGAGUUACUUUCCCAUGAGGAUCGAGAUGAUGCCAGGCCAUUCCCCAAAACCAUUGUGGCUGUAGAAGUUCAGGAUACCAAAAAUGGAGCCACUCACUACUGGAGCCUGGAGAAAUUAAGGCAACGGCUAACGCUGAUGAGAGAAAUCUACAAUGAAGAUUUGUCACCAGACACUCCAGAAGCUAAACAAGACAUAUUCCACUGUCUGUCAGCUUGUGGCCAACAGAAUGUGUUCAAUUUCCGCACCCUUAUUCCAUCGAGACAACGGUUGGAACUGAUGAGGGAAAUGUAUCACAACGAGGCUGAACUUUCCCCAACCUCUCCUGAACCCAACUUUGACAGUCUGACUGGCGGCGACCCCUUCUAUGACCGCUUCCCUUGGUUCAGGCUUGUGGGCAGAGCAUUUGUUUACCUGAGUAACCUGUUCUACCCAGUGCCACUGGUUCAUCGUGUGGCAAUUGUCAAUGACAAGGGUGAUGUCAAGGGAUAUCUACGUGUGUCUGUGCAAGCGAUAACAGAUAAAGAUGACCCACAAGAAAUGACCCCUGGUGUUAAGCAAUCAGGCAAUGCCAAGGUUACCUUCAACGAUGAGGAUUAUUUUAACAAAAAACCACUGCAUGGAAGCAAUUUCCGACAUCAAGCAGACAUGGAGAAAUCAGUUGAUAAAAUGAUCUCCUCUGUGGAAGAGCUCAGGAUUGUUGAGGGUGAAGGUCAGAAAAUGGACAAUUCAAUGCUGGCCUCAGAAAAUCAGGACAUGAAUGUGGACAACAAGACAUUAGAGACAUCUGGCAAGCUGGACUCCUGUCUUGAUCUACCGGAACAUCUGAAGAUAGGGAGCCAGUUCCAAUUCCGAGUCACCAUCCUCCAGGCAUCCAACAUUUCACCAGAAUAUGCGGACAUUUUCUGCCAGUUCAAUUUCAAACACCGUCAUGAUGAGGCUUUCUCCACGGAGCCACUGAAGAACACAGGCAAGGGGCCUCCACUUGGCUUCUACCAUGUUCAGAAUUUCACCGUAAACGUGACUAAGUCAUUUGUUGACUAUAUCAAAACUCAACCCCUGGUCUUUGAGGUUCUUGGACAUUAUCAGCAACAUCCUCUUCAUGAACAGUCCAAGGACUGCUCGGGUGUGAGACCACCACCAAGUCGCAGUUUCCCUGCGAUGUCAGUGUCAAAGCCAGUUCCUUCAUCCAAGUAUGGCAUCAUUGCUCCCUCCAGCUCCAGCCCAGUGCAUUCCCAGUGUGACCUGUUGGUCUGGUUUGAGAUCUGUGAGUUAGCACCAAACGGAGAGUAUGUGCCAGUGGUGGUCGAUCACUCUGACGAGUUACCAACCCAAGGGAUCUUCAUGCUGCACCAGGGCAUACAACGUCGUCUGCGCAUUACCAUCGUACAUGAGAAGCGAACUCACUUUGCUUGGAAGGAUGUUAGAGAGCUGGUUGUUGGUCGUAUCAGAAACACACAAGAGUUCUAUGACUAUGACAUUGAGACUACAGUUCUGUCCCUUGGUCUGUUCCCUGCUCAUUUCCUACAAUACCAGAAUGAUGACAGGGUAUUUUUCCAGUUUGAAGCAGCCUGGGAUAGCUCCCUGCACAACUCUCCUAUGCUCAACCGAGUCACUGUUUACGGAGAGAAAGUCUACAUGACUUUGUCUGCCUACCUGGAGGUGGAAAACUGUGCCCAGCCUGCAUGUAUUACCAGAGAUCUGUGUAUGGUCAUCCAUCCACGUGACACAAAGAUCUCUGCCCCAAGGGCCCUGCGGAAUCUGUUUGGAGCCUACAAGAGUCAUGACUGUGGGAAAGUAUCAGGUGUCUAUGAACUGCUGCUGCGUCAGUACUAUGAGACAGGUUCUGAGCGUAGACAACGAAAAGUCCUGGACACAUCCUUGACCUACGUACGAGGGGAAGAGAACUUGAAUGGUUGGAGACCCAGGGGCGACUCACUCUUGUUUGACCACCAGUGGGAGCUGGAGAAGUUGACUCGACUACAAAUGGUUGAAAGGACCAGACAUAUGCUUCUGCUUAGGGAGAAGCUAGCAGAGCAGAACAAAGCUUUUGAACUAAGCAAGCUGGAUAAAGAAAUUGUCAACAGGCAGGCCAAGAGCCAGGGUCUUAAGAGCACUGAGAAAACUGAUCCAAAAUCAGAUGAAAACCCUAAAGAUGUUGAUGUCAAGGAGAAGACUGACCAGAUGUCAAACCAUCGGGUCAGCUUUGAAUUUAAGACCGAAGGAGAUGCCGAAAAGGAACUUGUUGCCAAAUGUUUGUGCUACAUGUUGCAGGGGAGACUACCCUUAAAGCCUGCACCAGUCCAGCAGGCGGACUCCAUGCUCAGCUCCACAACAACAGUCACGUCUGAUGAAGGGGAAGGUAGUUCUGACUCUAUGGGUUCCAGCAUCACCAGUUCACAGGCUUCUGAUCUCAUCAAAUCAGUCCCCAUUCAAGUGAGCAAGUCAUGUGACAGUUUGCUGGCUUCGACCCCAUCCCCUUCAACGGAAUCUGCAGACCGCAAGCUGUCCCUGCCAAUCAAAGCCAUCAACCUGGACACUCCUAUGUUUGUUCCUGAUAUUGAGGAAAUCAGAGCUAGUCCAGUCGUGUCCAGAAGAGGCUAUCUCAACUUUUUUGAUGAUUUCAAUAAUGGCUGGAUCAAGAAAUUUGUGAUUGUACGCCGACCAUAUGUGUAUGUCUACAACAGUGAGAAGGAUCCGGUUGUCAGAGGCAUAAUCAACCUGGCCACAUCCAACAUUGAAUACUCAGAAGAUCAGCAGGCUGUGCUCAAGACCCAGAAUGCAUUUUCUGUGAUGACCAGACAUCGCUGCUUCCUCCUGCAGACGGUCGAUGACAAAGAUUUCCAUGACUGGUUGUAUGCUGUAAACCCUCUCUUGGCUGGGCAGAUCAGGUCAAAGUUAUCUCGCAGAAAGGAACCAAUGAAAAUCUGA